AUGACAAAUCCCUUUGUAUUAAUAUUGCCAACCAUAUCAAAUUUGAUUGGCAUGAUUGCAUCUCAUCCUAUAAUCAUUUUAAAAGUUAGAUUACAAAAUGAAAUAUUGAGAUAGUAUGAGUAAUAUUUGUAUUAAACUAUUAGAACUAAAAAUUAUAUUCAGAAAUGACAGAAAUGACAGGAACUUGUGGAAAUUAGUUAUGGAUUUAAACUUCAUUUGGUUCUCGUUUUUUAUAUACUUAUUUAUAAUUUAUUGCAGAAACUAUUUGAGUUCUUUCUUAAUAAAUAAGGAUAUGAAUUUAUGAAUGUUCUUAGACCAGACUCAGAUUUCAAAGGGAAUCUUAUAAGUAUAGGAUUGUCAAUGAUAGGAUCUUCUAUCAUAUCAUUUGCAUUUUUGCAACUAAUAUAUUUUUAUCAAUAGAGGUAAGUCUAUUAAAUUAAAUGAUUACUAAACACCAAAUACAAUCAAUUAAAUUAUUUUUUAUUCAGGUAUAGAGUUAAUUUAUGUAAAGGUUAAUUAAAAAGAAGAAGUAGUAGGAUUUUUUUAAGGAUAUAUAAAUAAUGUUUUUAAAUAGGAAUAGUAUUGCUGUAGUAUUUUUUUGGGGAUUUUCAAUGAAAGCAAAUAAAGAAAGAUUUAAACCUCAGAAGAUUGAUUGA